AUGCAGAUACGUGGUAGAGUGUACGCGGAGAUCUCAUCAUGUGCAGCGCGGGGUCUCCUCUGGAAUCUAAGUGAGACGCUCAAUGGUCAGCGUCUGAUCGAGUUCCGACUCGGCCAGGAAGCCGAGUCGGAGCAGGGGCUGUCGGUGGCAGCCGCCGAGCUGAUGGUGCGCGCCGAGGCGACGCCUAAGGCCCGUCGCCUGCGCUACACGCUGUGGGCGUUCACCGUGCACGGGAACGCGACGGUGGGUGAGCUGGCCGGCAGCACGGAGGCGGGUGGCACCGGGCGCGCGCGUGGCUGGCAGCGCGUGGACGUGACGCGCGCGGUGCGGCGUUGGGCGGGCGCGGGCGCGGGCGGGCCGCUGCGCCUGCUGGUGGACUGCAGCGGCUGCGCGGGGCGCGUGCGGCUGCGAUUGGGCGGCGCGGCAGCGGCGCGCCCGCUGCUGCGCCUCCGCCUGGCAGCGCGCGCGCCGCGUCGCCGCCGGGCCCUCGACUGUGACGCCGCCGCCGGUGGCCGUUGCUGCCGGCAGACCUACUAUGUGAGCUUCCGCGCGCUGGGCUGGGACGACUGGAUCGUCGCGCCCGAGGGCUACUACGCUAACUACUGCCGCGGCACGUGCGAGUCCUACGCCAACUAUCACUCGCAGGUGGUGGAGGCGGCCCGGCUGGAGCGCGCCGCGUGCUGCGCGCCCGUGCGCUUCUCCGCGCUCUCGCUCAUCUAUUUCGGCGCCGACUCGAACAUCAUCAAGCGCGACCUGCCCGAGAUGGUGGUCGAAGAAUGCGACUGCCCACUAUAUCCUAAACUCGAGUGCCCGCGCCUGGCGCGCGUCUCCGCGGCGCGCCCGGACGUUAGCCCCGCGGGGCGGCCGCCGCGCGACCGGCGCGCGACACGCGCGGGCGGC